AUGAGCACGAAGUGGCUACCGCGUUAUAUGACUAACCCUUAUUAUUUGGAUCCAGAACUGGAAGCCGGAGUAGUUACAAAAAAAUGGUUGGAGCAGAGAGCACUGCUAUAUCUGAGAGAAAUAUUCAGCCAAUGUUACAGCAAUGUCGAUACACAUGGAGGUGCUUACAGUGGUUUAGCUGGUAUUGCUUACGCAAUGUUGAGGGCAUCAUUUCAUUUUGAGGAUAACAAAUUUGAGUUGUUGAAAUUUGGUAACCGAAUUUUGAAACAACAUUAUAACGAGGCUCGCAAAAAUCAAGUUAUCAAAGAAACAUCUUAUUUGCUUGGAGUGUUAGGUAUAUAUGUCGUUAUUAUAAUUUACGAAAACAAAAAUGAUUUGGGAAUGAAACUCCUUGAACGCUUCAUUAAACUUUGUUAUCUCGUUGCAAAAAAAGAUGUUCUUGGUAAAGGAGAUGAUGAGCUGCUUGCUGGUCGUGCUGGUUUUCUGGCUGCUAUUUACACCAUCAGACAGCAUUUAGGACAUGCGGCCAUUCCAGAUGAUUGUGCUCGAGCUGUUGUGGAAAAGAUAAUUCAUUCUGGCAGAGCGUAUGCUGCAUCGAAGGAUUUUGGGGUUCCGCUUAUGUAUAAAUAUCAUGACCGUCAUUAUCUUGGUGCUGCUCAUGGUGUAAUGGGUAUUAUGCAGAUUUUUGACCAGUAUUUGGAUGGUCAAGCAAAGUCCGAUGUUUUAAGAACAGUCGAUUGGCUCUUGUCACUACAGCUAAAAAAUGGUAACUUUCCAUCGAAAUUAGAGGAGAAAGACAUAGAUCGAGGAGAAAACGAACUUGUGCAUUGGUGUCACGGUGCUACUGGUGCUGUGCAUCUAAUGGUUGUUGCAUAUUUACGAACAGAAGAAUAUAAAUAUCUAGAAGUAUGUCAGAGUGCAAAGGCUGCUCUGAAUCUUAUUUGGCAGAAAGGUAUUCUUCUAAAAGGACCAGGAAUAUGUCAUGGUGCUAGCGGCAGUGGUUAUGCUUUCUUACUAUUUUAUCGACUUACUAAGGAGAAGCAUUAUCUCGACUGCGCUCUCUGUAUUGCACGAAGUUUUUGUAGUGAUAAUUUUAAACAACGAGCUCGUACCCCUGAUCGACCAUACAGCUUAUUCGAAGGAAUUAGUGGAAGUCUGUGUUUCCUUUGUGAUUUGCUUGAACCGGACAAAGCACAAUUUCCUUUUAAUCCGUAUUUGGUAAAUAGUAGAGAUGUAGCAGACAAGGUUACCGAACGAGUCUUGAAAGUAGAAGCUGCCAAGCUGGCAAAAGAAAUUAUGGAAAAGAAACACACAAAAGAUGAGUUUGAUGGUGGCCCUUAUGUUGGGAUCGCAGGAGAUGGUUACAGUAUAUUUUAUGCAACGAGACUUCUUCCAGAGAAGCAAGUGGAGUUUGCAAGUUUCUGUACUAAAACUAGACGUGACGAAGGAGGUUUCUAUUUACUCGGUACUCUUGGGGUAAAGGUAAUAAAAGCCAUAUUGGAUUAUGAAUGGAGUGGAAGUGUAAAUUUACUGCUUCUUAAAGAAAUAUCAUCUUUAAUUGAUAUAAUAUGUGCUGACCAUUAUUUACCAAGAGGUGCUGAUGAAAUGCUUGUCGGGAGAGCUGGCUUUUUAGCAGCAAUUUCCACUUUAAGGAUGCGUUUACAUCGUAAGAUCGUACCUGACUCACGCGUUCGAAAAAUUAUCAAUUGCAUAAUCGAUUCUGGGCGUAAAUAUGCGCAACUUAACAGUUCUCCGACACCGUUAAUGUAUGAGUAUUAUGACGUUGAAUACCUUGGUGCUGCUCAUGGUCUCAUGGGUAUUCUUCAAAUGCUUCUUAAUUUUUUUCCUCUUCUGGAACAGUCUGCAGUAAAUGACAUUGAGAAUACACUAAACUGGUUGCUAGAAAUACAAGCGGAAAAUGGCAAUUUUGCGGUUGAUGUAAAAGAAAUUGGCAUUGAUCAUGGAUCUAAUGACCUUGUACAUUGGUGUCAUGGAGCCUCGGGAGCUGUUCCGUUAAUGAUUCUAGCUUAUUUGCAUUUCAAAAACGUCAAGUUCUUGCAGGCUGCUGAAAAAGCGCUUAAUCUCAUAUGGGAACGGGGUGUUUUGCGUAAAGGACCUGGAAUUUGCCAUGGAGUUGCAGGCAGUGGAUAUGCUUUUCUUCUUUAUUACCGGUUGACUCAAAAUACCAAAUAUUUGGACUAUGCACGAUGUUUUGCAAUGAUUGCAUGCAAUCAAGAAUUCAGAAAAAAUGCUAGGCAACCAGAUCGACCAUAUAGUUUAUUUGAGGGUAUUGGUGGUUUAUUAUGUUUUCUUGUCGACGUUUGCAGCCCGAUGACGGCACAGUUUCCUUUGGUACCGAUUAAAUUUGAUUGA